AUGUCUAGCUUCUCUUUUGACUUUUCUAAGGUCGUUGACCCUGCUGCUGACAAAAUCCAGCAUGCAUUUACUGAAUUACAUGCCCAGGUGGUCAACUUGGCUGAUAUUAUGCCCAAAGAUCGACCUGAUCUAAUGGCUCACAAGGAAGAAUGGUGCCACAAUUGGGUCAAGCUACUGGCUGAUCUAGAGAAAUGCUCCAUGGACAGCAAGACUCAUAAUCUGAGCCUUGUCCUUGCACCUGAGGAGAGCACUAAAGGUUGUAAGGCUGAAGAAGUGCAUGUUCACUUCCAUGAGCAGAUACGCACCUUCAAAAUUGAGGCUGAACAUCAGGCCAAGGAAUGCGUGCAUUUGGAAGAGGAGAAGCAGUUGAAAGAAAAAGGCAAGGGAAAGGAGAAGGAGGCCACUGGGGAAGACUUUGCAAUGGAGGAUGGUCAGGAAGAGGCUGGUGAGGAUGCUGCAGGAGAGGCUGAUGAGGAGGAAGAGAGACCAGAGACUCCCAAGCACCCUGCAUGCGCUGGGAUUCAUAAGGAAUCUAAGGCUGUAGAGCCUGUCCUUAGUAAGGCAAAACACAUGAGUACUCUCUGUUUUCUCUUUUGGUUGUUUUUGCUGAACUUGCUUGCUAGAUGUGCAACUGGUGCCUUAAGCACAAUAUCCCUUGCCAAGCUAAGCAUGGCUGCAAGCAUGCUACUCAUCAGUGCAGUGGCCCAGCUCCAGGCUGUGGCCAAGCCUAGUCUUCAGGCUGCACAUAAGGCACCUUCAACUUCUGGUUCUGGCCCUACCAUGGGUUCCUCCAAGGACAUUUGUGACCUUAUGUGCUGCCCUGUUUUAUUGCCUGAACCCCCCAUUAUGGUCUCUGAGGACAAGGAACCUGAUUCUCUUGUGUGCAUUGAGAAGUGCAAGUUGCCUGAGGGCGAAGAUCUAGAGGAUUUUGACCUGCUUGUUGAUGCAGAAGCAAGUGAUGAAGACUUGCUCAUGGAGGGUCAGGUGCAGGCUCUCUAUGCCAAGUACACCCUUCUGGCCCCUCAAGCCAACAUCCUCUUCUCUUCCUCCCUGUCUCUUCAUGGUGAUAUCUUUGGCCCUAUGUGGUGGUUUUUCCUCCUUUAUGGUCCCUGGCUCCUCCCUGGUCUUCCCUGGUCUUCCUUCCUGGCUCUCCCUGGCCCUCCUUCCUGGUCCUCAUCCCUGGCCCUCCCUGGUCCUCCUUCCUGGCCCUCCCUGGUCCUCCUCCCUGGCCCUUAUGGUCUCUUCCUUCUCCCCUGA